UGUUGCAGAACAUCAUCGCGGACGUCGCGGGAUUCCUCCAAAGGUCGCAAGCGCACGAAAUGCCGUUUCACCACUCAAGUACGCGCUGCCGGCGCACUGCAGUUCCUCACCGCCGGACGAAACAUGUCCGGUGCAGCGUUAUCUCUGGGUGCAUGUCGGCUGGCAUUUCUGACAGCUGACGCUGCCGGAAUCAUUUGCGCGUCAUCUCGCGCAAUGGCCAUCAUAAACGUUGACUCCGUACAUUACGUUUAUAGCAUUUUCUUGCUGGCUGUGAUUCUUGGACACGUUGGACAAAGCUGCCCGAUCACACCACCGACACCACUGCAGCGUGCCGCCAAGGCAGUUCAGCAAGCCGAAGCCCACAUGACCGACAACGUUAUCAUCCUGCCGGCCUUCGAGAACGAGACUACCGGGGAGGCGCCACCGGCCAACACCGUGCGCGUCCCGUUGGGAGACACGGCGAGCCUUUCCUGCAACGCCGAACCGGUUCAACGGAUCGUCUGGCGCCACCACAACGCCACCAUCCAAGGCGUCGAUGUGGUGAUAUACUCCACGAAAGGUCACUACUACCGACUGACGUCCAGCGCUAGCACCAGCUCUCUCUUGAUCCACAACGUCACCCGCGAGGCGGCCGGGACGGUAGAGUGUCUUCUGACGAAAGGUGACCUUUUAGCGGAGACCACCAGUGGUGACCUUUCCGUCCUCCGGCAGUUCGAGCUAGAGCCGAAACUGCGCCCUCAAGACGUCUUCGUUGCGCCCAUGCGCAACGUGUCCACGCCGCUGUGGAGCUUCUCCAUGACGUGCACCGGCCGCCUGGACUGCAGCCGGGCGGGUACCGCCGCGCACUUUAUCUGGAAGUACGACGGGCAUUUCGUAGCGUCGCCGUAUCACUACCUCAACACAAUCGCCGGUAAUUUGCGUCCUACCGGUUUGCAACUCGGCACCAUCACCGCUGCGCUGUCGCUGCCCGGAGCGGCCGAUCCCGUGUGCUACACCACGCUGACCAUUACGAUGGACGAGAACACCAAUCAUCGGCCGGCGCGGGUGGACUGCUGGAUCCGCACCGAUGUGCGCCGUCACGAGUGGUUUGUGCAGUCGGCAUACGUCCAUUUCACGCAGUCAAUUUAGACGACCGGUUGUUGUUGCGAAUUUUUGAAUUUUUGAUUAUUGCGAUUAAUGUACGGUAAGCUUUGGUUUUCUUGAAUAGACUUUUCGUUGUAUGGCUAGGUUGUGCAUUACGCUCUACACGUUAUUUGAUGUCGUUGUUAUUGUUUGCGUUUUUAUUGUCUCAUUAAGAUUUGAGUUAAAAUAUAAGAAA